AUGGAUAAAACACAAACUUCGAUAAUAUCUGAACCAUUACCAAUAAAUCAUCCUCCAAACGACAUAGUAACUUUACAACAACAACCUUACGUUCAUUCUUGGACGUUAAGAGGUUUUCAUGAAUUAGUUAGACUCAUGUCUUUUAAUAGUUACCUGUAUAGUGACAGGUUUAGAUCUCCAAGAGGUUUAUUUGACGCUAAUUUAUUAUGCCACCCUGGAACUUGGACGAGUGACUUCUCUUUAUGUCCUCAACCUCACUUACAACCUCAUUUACAGUCCCACCUACAACCUCACUUACAGCCUCCUUUACAACCUCACUUACAAUCUCAUUUACAACCUCCUCACUUAUCUCACCUUCACUCUCAAUCUCAAUUACCUAAUCCUUUUAAUCAUAUUAACCGUAGACAAAGAAAUAAUAUUCCUCUUUCAACUGACGAUUCUGCUUAUCUAUGGCGUAUGAGGAUUUAUCCUAAUGGUUCCACUAAAAAAUCUUGUACUGAUACUUCAAAAGAACAUGCUGAAUUAAUUUAUGAAGGUAGUUUACAAAAAUGGGAUUUCGAAUUUCAUGGUAUAAAUUCUACUUAUGGUUUCCCUACUUUAGGAACUUUUCAUGAUUUAUUUCCUUUUGAUGAUAUAAACAUUCAUGAAGUUGAUUUGGUUGUUCCUCACAGAGUAAUUUUAGUUCAAAGAUCUGAAUAUUUUGAAAAAUUUUUGGGUGGUGUUUGGAAAGAAGGUAGUUUAAAAACAAUUCCAAUAAAACAUAUUCCUUUUGAUACUUUUCGUACAAUAGUUUAUUAUUUAUAUACUCUUAAAUUAGAUGAUAAUUUAGAUUUUAUUAUUCUUAAGGAUGUUUAUAUUAACGCUGAUAUGAUGAGAUUGGAACAACUUACUCAUUUAGUAGCUGAUAGAAUUAUUCGUAUGGUUGAUUAUGAUAAUUGGGAUCAAAUUUUAGAAAUUGGUUGGAAAUCAAAUAGUUUUAGUAGUAAGAUUUUAUUAAAAAAUGCUGCUUAUGAUUUUAUUCAUACUCAUUGGUCUGAUAUUAAGAAUACUGAGAAUAUGUCUUCAUUAAUUCAUUCGGCUAGCGUUGAUUGUAUUGAAGAAUUAAUGGAAGCUAAAAUGUUUGGUCCUCCUAAAUAA